CAGCAGGGUUACGAUUCGCUGCCUGCCCCGCCAACCAACUUAGAACUGGACUACGUGGACACCCACGUGGCGGUGAUCUCGUUUGAGCCGACCCGCUGGGUACAAGAGCCGGGGGCGCUGCGCUACGUGGUGCAACUUCGCACGGGCCGGACGGGAGGCUUUGUGGACGUGGUGCGACUCUUUGGCUUUGUUCACUCCCUUCUUUCUCUACCCAGAGUUGUUCUGUUCAGCAUGUUAUCUCUGUGA